AUGGGACUGAGACUGCCGCAGCCCCUCCACCCCGUUGCUCCAUCAGGGGACGCUAGUGCAGCUGUAGAACCAUACGCAGUGUUUGCUUCCAGAAGUGGCCCAAGGGUUGCCAGAAGCUGGCAGAAGGCUGAGAAAUUCGAGGCAGACAGCAUGCUCCGGCGCACUGCGCCGGCAGCAACGGACUUGGCGGUUGCAGCUACAGUCGUUGCAAGUGGGGACAGGAGUACAAUAAAUCGAGAGACAGUCCUCACGCUGAACUCCACGCGUGUGCCUUGCUUCCUUAGCCUCCAGCCCCCUUUGCGGCUUCGGGGUGUCACUGCAGGUGCCUUCCAGGGAGAAAGCGAGGCGUCUUCGACGACAAUCCCAGCGGGAACAGCAGGAACAGCAGCAGCAGCAGUAGCAGAAGCUCCACCGGAGGCGUCUAGCUCCGCUGUACAUGAGAGGAAGGCAGAUCAUUCGCGCGCUUUGCCAGCUUCUGAUGCUGCCUCUGAGCUGAAAGCCGCUAUUGAUCCCGUGGAGGUUGUCUUGCCGAACACCCAAGCGAGUGGUGGACAGUCCACAAGCAUCCGAUCAACGACAUUCAGCAAGACUUCUGCUACUGUCUUCGAAGGGGGCACAGCUGUGGAGGAGGAAGCCAUCAUUGCAUACGAAGAAGUGAACCUGCAAGACCUGGAGUUUGAUGCCUUGGAUCAGCAGUUUCUGUAUCCGUGCCCGUGUGGCGAUUUAUUCGAGCUGACUGUGGCAGACUUGCAGGCGGCUGUGGCUGCUGCUGCGAGUCCAUCUCCUGCUUUCAGCGGGUUUGCCAUUGCCUCAUGCCCGUCCUGUUCAUUACAGGUGAAAGUUCUCUUUGAAAUCGAGCAGCUGAGGCAUUUGGAGCAGCAUCUGGGCCUUACUCUUUUGCCCGAUGGCGAAGCUGAAACGGCACAGGACGGAGCCACCUCCACCGUUCUUGUGCGUCUUACGACCUUCGAAGCGUCGAGCGCUUGUGUUCAAGUAUGUGGAUGCUGCCCCUCCGCCUGUGUCUCGAUGCCCACCUCCGGUUACCCAUCAGCAUCAGCAUCAGCAAUAUCAGCAGCAAUAUCAGCAUCAGCAAUAUCAGCAGCAAUAUCAGCAGCCUGGCGAGGCCGUUCGGCGAGCAUCGGAGGAGGAGGUCGUGCAUGCGCACAGGCUCAGCUCCUGUCUUCACCGGACGUUUCCCGAGAGGAGGCCUCUUCUUCUGCAAGGGAGGUAGGCGUCGAGGAGAGUGCCACCUUCUGGAGUGCCUUCAACACACCCCUCCGUGCCGAAGUCUUUGGCCUCGCCAAGGAUACCUCGGCAGCGGGGAAGGCUGAGCGACGGGGGGUAGCAGCCUUAGAGGGCGCUUAUCAUAACGCCAUUGAAGAAGCUGUCCGAAGCCUUCGACGGUUCCGCGUGGAUGGCUCCCAGCAUCAGGCUGGCGAGGACCUUUCAAGCUCCUGGAACACCCAGCAGCACAGCAGUCUGCUGUUGCGCGAUGGCGUCGCAACUGCCAACGUGAUCGACGUGUGCUGUACGGACGGCCCCCGCGGCGCUGCAGACUCCGCGGGAGCAGGGGCAGACGCAGAGGAGUAUGACUAUGAUCUGUAUGCCAUUGAGUGCGAUGGCGAGGGGUAUGAGGAUAUCCGACGAAAGGGCACGCAGGACUGUUGCGGGAGCCUUCUGGAGUCGCACAGGCGCCGUCUGUUGGAGCUGCUGCAGCAGGACAGCAGUGCCGUUGCGUUGGUGGAAGUGGAAGACGUGGAUCCCGAGACGGGCACUGUCGUCCAGCGUAGUGGCGGCAUGCAGUUGUUCCUUGAGGAAUACGGUGACAUAGAUGACAGUGCCUCAGACGAGGGCGGGGAGAUUGACUACCCGAGUAGUGAGAGCAGUGGCGACUCCUCUGGGAGAAGCCGUAGCUCAAGGAGAGGCACUUCGAACUUCAUGCGUGAGGGAUCAAAGUCUUAUCCGGCGUGGGAUUACGAUGAGGACUUGGGGUGUUAUGAUGAUGAAGACAGAAGCAGUGCUUCAGAUGGCAGUGACUACUAUGACGAAGAUGAGUAUUGA